AUGGCUGGAUUACUACGCAACAAAGUCAUCGCCAUCACAGGGGCAUCACAAGGUAUUGGACGAGCCACAGCACUGGCAUGUGCUCGACAAGGCGCUGGUCUGAUCCUGCAUCACCUGGGGACCGAGCAGACGACCUCGGACAUGGGAGCUUUGCAGGCAGAACUCAAGGCAAUCGACCCAUCGCUUCGCCACACCUCCUUCAGCGGCGAUGUGGUCCUGCCCGAGACUCCAGCCAACUUGGUGGCCGAGGCCGUGGGCAGUUUCGGCAGGCUCGAUGCCCUGAUCAACAAUGCGGGCAUCUGCAAAUUCGCAGACUUCCACAAUGUGACACGGGCCCUGCUGGACCGUCACAUGGCGGUCAACUUCACGGCGGCGUACAUGCUCACGCAGGCCGCGACGAAACAGAUGGUGGCCCAGGGAAAGGGUGGCAGCGUCGUGUCCAUCGCCUCCAUCAGCGCUCUCCAAGGCUCGUCGACUUUGACGCACUACGCCCCAACCAAGGCCGCCAUCUUGGGCAUGACCGUCGCAUGCUCCAGCGCCCUCGGCAAACAUGGCAUUCGCUUCAACAGUAUCUGUCCCGGUACCAUCGAGACUACCAUGAACAAAGCUCAUCUGGACCACAACAACCAGCGAGAAGUGAUGCUGGGCAAGACAACGCUGGGCCGCCUGGGCACUCCCGAGGAUAUCGCUGGGGCCGCCGUCUUUUUCGCUAGUGAUCUCAGUUCAUAUGUCACUGGACAGUAUCUGGUAGUGGAUGGUGGCGCAUCCACCCAUUAUGAGUGA